CAGACCACGACAACUCCUCCUCCGCCGAGUCAGGACUUCCUGUCUCCAAGCACUGCCAAUCCGCAGUAGGACAACAAAGAAAUGUUGAUACGAUGAUCGACCCCUCCCUCCGCCUCCGCCGCGCAAUCCACGCGAAUGAUCCCCUCCUCGUCUCCCGCAUCUGCAAAUCCCACCCUCCCUACCUCCUCCAGAACCCCGACUUCUCUCCCCUCGGCCUGUCCAACACCUCCCUCCACCUCGCCUGCUCCCUGGGCCAUCUGGCAGUCGUCCGCACCCUGCUCGCCCUAGGCCACGAGCGCGACGGCGUCAGCCUGAACGAGGAGCACCAGACGCCCCUCAUGAUCGCCAGCGCCGCCGGCCACACCGAGAUCGUGCAUCUACUAUGCAAAGAGUUCCCCGACAACAUCGCCCGCCGCGACUCCCGCGGCCGCGACGCUAUCAUGGAGGCCAGUCGCGGCGGCCACGAUACCUGCUUGCAGAUCCUGCUGACGUUUGCGCCGGGCGGGCCUGCCGCGCUGCUCAACAAUGCGGAUAUUGACGGCAACACGGCGCUGCAUUUCGCGAGCUCGUAUGGCCAUCUCCUCGUUUUGCGGACGCUGCUGGCGGCGGGCGCGGACAGCGAGAAGCGCAAUGCGUGGAGUUGGACCCCGGUGAGCUAUAGCGCGACGGUGCAGGCGGAGGUUUAUUUCAAGGGCCUGGUGGCGGAGGUUGAGAAGAGGAGGACGAUGAGGAAGGAGGCAGAGAUAAAGGGGACGGGGGCUGGGGUGAGGUUGGUUUCUGGGGAAGAGGCAUGAGCUGUGUAUCUCAGCGUUGUGGUUAUGGGCCGCUCAUGCUAUACGAACCGGACGGGCGGCACUUUGGGGAGGACAUCCGCAUAUCUUGAUUACGAGCACAGCGAUGGUUGAUGACGGAACACAAAGAUACAUGUGGAUCAUGUAGUUCAAUGACAUAUGUGACGGAACUGGGCGUUUGGAGCAAGGAGCAUGGGUCCCUGAUAUCAAAGUGUUAUUAUACCCAAAACAUGUAUUUAUGUAGAAUGCAAAGCGAUUCGAAUGGGUAAG